AGCCAGCCAGCCAGCCGUCCGUCUGCGGCCACCACCACCCACCCUCCAAGGCCAAGGACAACCACAGGAGCGGAGCUGGAGCUGCUGCCGCGGCGCCGGACAAUGGCGACGGCGUGGGUGCGCUCGCUCAGCUGUAGGUCGUCCUACGCCGUCACCGACGCCGCCAUCGCGCCGUCCCCGGCCAAGAAGCCGCCGCCGCAGCAGCCGCCGCCCUUCUCUUGCGCCACGGCGGCGGCGGCGGACGUGAUGGACGCCGUGGCGUACGCGCAGCAGGCCAGGAGGAAGAAGAUGGGGAGGGAGCGGGAGAGGGAGAGGCGGAGGGAAGCGCGGGAGCCGCGGCCACGGCCCAAGAAGAAGCCCAAGCCGAUGGCGAAGGCGAAGGCGAAGGACGCGGAGGCGGCGGCAGCCGGGGCGCUGUUCAUGCCGUCGCCGGCGCCGGGCCCGCCCGUGAGCUCGGCGUUCCUCACGAUGGCGGAGCUUCCCGAGGGCCACUCGUCGCGGCGUGUCGUGGAGCUCAUCUUCGCGUCCGGGUGGCGGGGAGGAGGAGGAGGAGGAGGAGGAGGAGGAGGCGCAGCAGACGCGGGCGCGCCGGAGCCGUCGGUGGAGGCGCUGUUCCGCGUGCACAGCGCGUCGCGGGCCGUGGCGCGGUUCGAGGAGGCGAGGGCGGCGGCGCGCGCGCACGGCGCCGCGGCGCGGUGCGGCGCCGACGGCAACGAGAUGAUGCGGUUCCAGUGCCGCGCCCCCGCCGACGCGCCCGGCGGGGUGUUCGGCGCGGGCGUCGCCACCUGCCGCCUCGGCGCCUCGGUCUCCGCCGUGCGCACGUUCGCCUGCAGCGGCGCCGCGCACGCCAGCAGCAGCGGGGGCGGCGCCACCACCGCGGGUCGGAGGGCGAUGCUGGUGUGCCGCGUCAUCGCCGGCCGCGUCUGCCCCGCCAACCACCACCCGUCCCCGCGCCACGGCCACGCCGAACCCGCCUAUGACUCCGUGGACAUGGGCAACGGCGAGCUGGUGGUCCUCGACAGCCGCGCCGUGCUCCCCUGCUUCCUCAUCAUCUACAAGGUCUAGCCGCCGCCGCCGACGACUCCGGAUCGCACUAACCGAUCGACCAACCACCGUGACCGUUAACCCACAUCGUUAAUCGCCACGCUAAUCGCUAGCAUUUGUUUUGGGACUCUCUGCUUUUCCGGAGUGUCAGGUGUGGUAGCAACAGGAAUGGAGGAGCCAUUCUGCCGAGCGUGUAAAAAUCAGUACAAAAACCGCUGCUUUUUUUUCUUCGUUUUUGUUGGGUUUGAAUCUCGGAAUGGUAUAGAAACAUUUUGCUUUCGGCUGUCCAUUCAAACAGCUCCAGAA